AUGAAACAUUCAAAAACCAGUUGCCUAUAUGCAAUAUUGCCAAAGUUACGUGUUAAAGCUAAAAAAUCACAAUAUGAUGAAUAUCCUGUAUUUAAUAAUAUUUUAGAACAUAAUGACGUAGAAAACGCUUCAGAAGAUGAUAACACAAAAAAUAUUUUAAAAGAUGAUAAUGUAGAAAAUGUUUCGAAAGAUGAUAACGCAGAAAAUGUUUCAGAAGAUAAUGACGCAAAAAAUAUUACUCCUUUUGAUAUUGGUAUACACGAAAAAGACUUAAGUUUAAUUGAUAAUGAAGAGUCAACUGACGGAAAGUCUAAAACCUCAUCAGAAAUGACAGAUGAA